AAAUCAACAAUUUGGAGUUUGGAUUAAGAAAAAUCAAGAUGGAGGAUUCUGGAGCAAUUCUAUACCAAAUUUCAUGCCUCAAGCAAAUGCUCGAUCAGGUGAAUGAAGAAAUCGAAUCCAAUAUUCAAGUAACGCGGGAGAUAGAAUCAGAGAUGGUCAAGUGUACGGAAUUCGAAGCUGCUCUUACUACCAGAGAGUCUCAGCUUACCAAAUCGCUUUACAUUUCUCACUUCGAAAUCGAUGGCUUGCUCUCCGUCUCCGCCGAUUCAAGGAAUUCGCUUAAAUUUUUGGAGGAUGAGUUGAGUUGUCUAACAACGAAACGAGAUGAGAUGUUAAAGAGGAUUGAAAGGAAACGGUAUAGAAGGAUUUACCAAACUGUGUGCUUAGAAUUUCAAAGGGAUAUUGAAAAUGGGGAAAACGAUGAGAUGGUGAGUUUGCUGUCAGAGAAAGAGCGUCUUGAGAAUGAAAUUCAUCUCUUGGAUAAGAAAAAUAAUGCUUUUAGAAAUUCAAUGUCCGCGUUUGUGGAAGAAGUUCUUGAGGACCUUUAUACUUCAAAUGCUGUUUUACAUGUUGAGAUACAGAAUGGGAAUCAAGAGAAUCAGAAAUUAAUGAGGGAUAUUGAAGAUUUAGAACGAACAAUUCUUUCAACGGUUGCUGAAUGAUUAUUGUAUACUGUAACUCUGUAAGUUCAUUGAGUAUAUAUAGAGCUAUGAGAUCUUUUUUAGAUUUCAGUAUUGCAUUCCCCUA